CUCAAAAUCUCCUCCUCUCUCCUUUUAGCUCACUUCUCUUUGAUAUAUAUAUAUAUAUAUAUAAACUCACAAGAAUAAGGGGAAGAAGGAAAAGAAAAUGACUCUUAGGAAGCACAACAAGCUUUCCCAAGCUAUGGUAUUGAAGCAGAUACUGAAGAGGUGUUCCAGCCUUGGGAGGAAGCAGGGGUUGGGUGGUGGUGGUGGUGGAGAGGAGGAGGGCCUGCCGGAUGAUGUGCCGAAGGGCCACUUUGCGGUGUACGUGGGGGAGAACAGGAGCCGGUUCAUAGUUCCUAUAUCUUAUCUCACUCAUCCUGAGUUCCAGAGCCUCCUGCGUCAGGCCGAGGAGGAGUUUGGCUUUGGCCACGACAUGGGCCUCACCAUCCCAUGCGAAGAGGUCGUCUUCCGGUCGCUGACAUCUUCGCUUCGAUGAGAGGAUGAGGCUUCUUCUUCUUCUUCUUCUGCUGCUGCUGCUGCUGCUGCUGCUGCUGGAGGUGGUGGUUGGUUUGAUGGAUUCUGUAAUGAUUUCUGAUACCAUGCCCAAGAGAAUUUUCAUGGGUUGGAUUUGUAGAUAUCGGAGUGGCGUGCUGGUUUGCGCCCUGUAGUAGUGAUUAGUAGUUUAUAUUCGAGAACGAGGGGGACUAACUUGAGUCGCCUGUUCAUAUGUAGCCAUCUUUGUCUCUUUCACUAUUUUAUCUUUGUUUCGGGUUCAUGGUUGGUUUCUUCAGAUGUGGAAGUUUUUUCAGAUGGAGUUGUGGUGCAUCUUAUCAGUCUGAUCUCCAUACUAAAUGAGGCUAGGCCCAAUAAA